GCAACUGGAAUGGGCUCAAUCAGUUUAGGUGAUGAUACAGAUGCCUCUACAUUUGGAGCGGAAGAAAACGGACCUUGGGGAAUUGAUGGAUUAGUUUUUGAUCGAAAUACUAACAUGUUCGUGCAAAGUGAAAAUGAGUCAUCACACCAAGAAAACUCGCCAUCUCUUUCACAACAACCCUCCCAAGGUACCAAUGUAGAUGCUCCACCACAUAGCAGGACUCAAGGAAAACGGAGUAGGACUGACUAUGAAAAUAAUAGCGGCUCAAAGGGGGCAACUAGUCAGGCUGAGGUUUUAGAAAACUUAUCAAGUGGCAUUGGUAAAAUUGUCACAAGUUUUGAUAAAAUUUGUGGCUUAAUGGAGAAGAGAGAAUCAAGAGAGAGUGAUCUUUUGGAUGCUAUGAACGAGACCCCAGGAUUAACUGAUGAGGCUUGCUUUAUGGCUCUUGAUUUGCUUAAUACUAAAGCAAAGCAAGAUUUCUUCUUGAAGAUGACUCCUGAACAACGACAUAAUUGGAUCACCUAUAAACAAAUGCAAUAGGUGUGGGUCAAUCUCCACUAGCGACACCUAAUAAGCAAUAGGCUAUGUUCUAUUAUUAAUUUUAAGUUAUGGAGUUUGAUUUUAUUUUGUUUGAAUUGCAGCUUGUUUUGAAUGAUUUUAAACUGGUGCUUUCUCUAUUAGCAAUGUCUGAAAUGGACAUGUAUGGAGCUGAUGAAGAGGAAGAGCAGUUUUACGAGGCUGUUAAGAUAUUAUUAAUGGCAAUACAAGCAGUGAUUUAUGUGUUAUACGAACUUGUGUUCAGCAUACGUGGUGAACAUAUUAGACGUCCGCUGACUCGUCGACCAGUGACAUCAAGUGGAUACAUAUAUAUGCACAACAUAUUGGACAGAGACCCUCAAAUCUUUAGAGAUGUGUAUAGAAUGUAUCCUGACGUGUUUCGAAAAUUAUGUAGCAUCCUAAAAGCGAAAACACCUUUACGGGAUACAAGACACAUUUGUGUUGAAGAAAUGCUUGCAACCUUUUUACUAGUUGUCGGCCAAAAUAAUCGAUACAGUGAAGCUCGGCUGAUAUUUGAGCGAUCUCAUUUUGCUGUUAGCAGAAGUUUCAACAAAGUCUUGAAGGCCUUGAAUACAAUAGCACCACAGUUUAUGGCUAAACCUGAAUCCAUACCACCUAACAUAAGAGAAAGUACAAGGUUCUAUCCUUACUUUAAGGAUUGUGUCGGAGCUAUAGAUGGCACGCAUAUUCCUGCAACGGUAGUUGGACGUGAGUUCAUAUAUGUGAUUAGUGGAUGGGAGGGUUCCGCUCAUGAUUCAAAAGUGUUGAAUGAUGCGAUUUCUAGACGAAAUGGACUCAAAGUGCCACCAGGUAAAUAUUACUUAGGGGACUGCGGAUUCCCAAAUCGACGUCGGUUCCUAGCUCCAUUUCGAGGACUGCACAAUUUUCUUCGACAGGAAUGUCGUUCAGAUGAAUUUCCUCCUGAACCAGAAGAAGAUCCGAUAGACAAUCACGAAGAUAAUUUUGAAUGGGAUGAUUUUCAAACCCAAGAUCAGCAAAGAGAGAAUGCUAAUGAAUGGAGAAUGAGUAUUGCUACUCAUAUGUGGACAGAUGCCCAACCAAAUGCCAACAAUGAAAACAAUGACAAUCAAGAAAGUGAAAAUGAGGGAGAAGAAUAA